GAUUUUUUCCUAUUUGGUCAAAUCUUGGUUUGUAUUUGUUAAUGGACCUCACACGGCAAAUGCUUUAAUCACUGAUUACAAUAUUUUGAUCCAAAUUCUGACAGUGAUCUCUAUUGGACUUUGAUGCUUUAUGGCAUAAAAGACCCUCCUUAAUUUAUCUCUCAGUUUAUUCACUGCAGGGUUCAAUUUCCUGUAGGUGUGAUUUUUAAACCCAGGUAAUUGUAGUGUGAUGUGUGAGUUAUGUGAUUAGUUUCUAAUGUUUAUAAGGUGUUGUGUUCCUUGGGAUCUGGAUCUUUUCUAGAAGGUGAUUUUUUUCCAGUUUUAUUAAUGUUGACUGUCAGGAUAUGACUGUAUUGUUCAAGCAUGUUCAGGUUCUGCUGUAAGCCGUGUUCAGAGCAACUAGAACCAAAUCAUCUGCUUACUUUUUUAGCUCUUUUCCCUGACAGUCUUUGGAUCAGUCUGAGUGUUUUUCCUUACAGGAGCGUUGAUGUUCCUGUUAAAUCCCUUCUGUGGCGCUGUUGCACUGCCUGAGGCUUCUUCACUGUUAUACAGAGACACAGAAAACACUCUGAUCUCUCAGAAACUUUAUUAAAAAUGUAUUUAAAAAUUAAAAAUAUAUAUUUAUUUUAUUUAUUUGUUUGUUUUGCCCCUUUUUGGUAGCUAACGUUAGUAGUAUUUUCCCAUCCUCCUACCCAGGUAUUCACACCAUUCCAGUAGGUGGCAGAAAUGCACCAAAAGCUGUUUAGCCACUGUAGCAAAGAGUAGCCAACCGCCAUUAAACAGAAACGAAGAAGACGAGACGCGAGAGGAAACGAGGAUGCACAAGAAGUUAAAAGAAUUGAGAAGCACCCCGAAACUACUGAAGAGUUUUUGAACGCGUGACUGUAUUUGUGCAGUCAGUAAAAUGGCAGAAGUGAAUCUUUCAGUGAUUCAGGAUCAGUUCAUCUGUUCAAUAUGUCUGGAUUUACUGAAGGAUCCAGUGACCAUUCCCUGUGGACACAGUUACUGUAUGAGCUGUAUUACAAACUGCUGGAAUCAAGAUGAUCAGAAGAGAAACUACAGCUGCCCUCAGUGCAGACAGACCUUCAAUACAAGACCUGAUUUAAAUAAAAAUGUGGUGUUUGCUCAGAUGGUGGAGAUGCUGAAGAAGACAAAACUUCAGACUGAUCGAUCUGCUCUCAGUUCUGCUGGACCUGAAGAUGUGGAGUGUGACGUCUGUACUGAGAGAAAAUACAAAGCUAUCAAGUCCUGUCUGAUGUGUCUGAACUCUUACUGUCAAACUCACUUUGAAAGACAUGAAGAACUUCAAUCAGGUAGACGACACAAAGUGAUUGAUGUGACAGGAAGACUUCAGGAGAUGAUCUGCUCUCAACAUGACAAACUCAUCGAGGUUUACUGUCGCACUGAUCAGAGAUGUAUUUGUUUGCUUUGUUUGGUGGAUGAACAUAAAAACCACGACACUGUAUCAGCUGCAGCAGAGAGAACUGAGAAACAGAGAUUACUGGAGGACAAGCAGAGAAAACUCCAUCAGAGAAUCCAGGAGAAAGAGAAGAAGCUUCAGGAUCUAAGAGAGGCUGUGAAGAUUCACACGAUCUCUGCACAGACAGCAGUGGACGACACUGAGAGGAUUUUUACUCAACUGAUCCGAUCCAUUGAAAGAAGACGAACUGAGGUGAUACAACUGAUCAGAGAUCAGGAAAAGACUGCAGUGAGUCGAGCUGAAGAUCUCUUGAAGAAACUGAAGCAGGAGAUUGAUGAUCUGAGGAGGAGAAAUGAUGAGAUGGAGAAACUUUCACAAACAAAAGAUCACAUCAGUUUCCUUCAGAGUUUUCAGUCUCUCUCUUCAUCUCCUGGAUCUUCAGACAACAUCACUGUCUCUUCUCGUCUCUCUUUUGAUGAUGUGAUGAAAUCUGUCACUAAACUGAAAGAAAAGAUGGAGGAUUUCUGUAAAGAAGAGAUUGAAAAGAUAUCUGAGAAAGUUUCAUUCACUGAAAUUAUUUUCAAUGAACCCAAGAUCAGAGAGGAGUUCCUACAGUAUUUCAGGCUCUUCUCUCUGGAUCCAAACACAGCACACAGACGUAUCCAUUUGUAUGAGGAAAACACAGCGGCUACUUACACUGACACAUAUCAGCAUUUUCCUGAACAUCCAGACAGAUUUAAAGUUUUUCCUCAGGUGUUGUGUAGAGAGAGUUUGUGUGGACGCUGUUACUGGGAAAUUGAAUGGAGUGGGGAUUAUGGUGUGUUUAUAUCAGUGUCAUAUAAGAGCAUCAGCAGGGAGGGAAAAGGUGAUGAGUGUGCAUUUGGACUUAAUGAUCAGUCCUGGAGUUUGAUCUGUUCUUCCUCCGGAUGUUCAUUCUGGCACAAUAAGAUAAAGACAAAUCUCCCUGUAGUGCUCAGAUCUUCUAGAAUAGGAGUUUAUGUGGAUCACAGUUCAGGAUCUCUGUCCUUCUACAGCGUCUCUGACACAAUGACCCUCAUCCACAGAGUCAACACCACAUUCACUAAACCUCUCUAUCUUGGGUUUGGAUUAAAUUGUGACUCAACAGUAAAACUAUGUGAUCUAACAUUAUAAAAUAUUCAUGCUUAAACUGGAUUAUAUACACAAGUGUCACCUAAACCAGUUUAUAUAAUUUGACAAAUUAAAAGAUAAAUUAUAAUUCA